AUGGAUCCAACACCUGAGGAGAAGGCAAAGCUCGAGACGAUCUGCGAUGUCGCUGAUUGGGUCAAGCUCCCUGCAGCUGUGCGUGAUGUCAUGACUGGCUGUUUGGGCGUCGAAGAAAACUGGACCAAAGUUCAUCCACGCCAGAUUGCUGCCAUGGAGUCAGCCGAAUACGAUACCUGCCGACAUGGCGUCUCCGACCAUUCUUGUGAACAUGGUGCAAUGCAGUUCGCUACUCAGAUUGUUUAUGUCAUAUGGGGCGCCGCGGCAGCGAACUCGACCGAGUCCCUGACGGUGCAGCACAACCAAGUGGUGUCGCCACGGAGGUCGGCCGUGGGCUUGCCUUUCAUGCGGGAGACGGUGGCCUUUAAGAUCAUGACAGGAACGGCCUCCUACCGCCACAACUUCGCCACGAAAGCAGAGGCCUGCUUCAGCUUCGAGCCGCGCGAGGACGCCGAGCCCGUCCCCCGAAGCCCCCACUUGAUUGGCCGGCAGUCUUCUCGCUGGUCGCUUGUGGCCUUUGAGGGAAACGCGGCCCAUGACUGCUUGUAUGGGCUGCGCAUUCCACAGGAGCUGCGACAGGGCAACUCCCAGGUCUUCACUGACUUCACGGUCUUUGCCAGCCAGUACGCUUUCUAUGUACGUGCCUGUGACCGGUGCCGGCUGGUGAAUUCCGUCUGGGUAGAGACCACGCACGGCGUCCACGAUGAGGAUUCCGCGCCCGUGGUAACGGACGACCCAUGGAUCGAGAACGUGACGGCUGUCGGCACUCGCUUCUUCGCCCAGUGGGCGACUGUCGACCUGGGGCCGCAGAUCACGCUCAGUCCGCACGAAGGACGAUACCUUCGCAACAUCACCUUCUUCCUGCUCGGCAACAGCCCUUGCUUGUAUGGGGGCGACCAUCCAGUCACCAUCCGAGUUGAGAAGUUACGCUUCUACCGGAGCGCUGUCGAGCUCUACACGGCUGAGCCAGCUGGGUACGGGAUCUUCGCGGACCUAGAUGGCUCCUUCAGCGGAUAUGUAGGAGGCUCGGUGACCGGCGAUAAGAACUACAACCGUCACUCCGCUUGCACCACCGUCGGAACAGAGGCGCUGAACUUGCGGCUCCUUUGCGACUCGAGCAUCUUCAUCCGGCCCUUUCACAUCACAGGCAUCGAGCCGGCAGAGAUAGUCGGGACAGAUCUGACGGCGUGGACCAUUUUUGGACACGGCAGCGUGCCUUACCGCGACGGCUGGCACAUGGCUGUGGGUGGGGUGAUGCCAAACACCCUUGGUGAAUGCUUGGAUCAGAGUCGUGUCGGCGAAGUCCCAGGAUCAGCUCGUUUGGCCAACCAGACGGUGGGCCGAAACCGGGCCGACCCCGAUCGAGUGGCGCCGGGCAACGUUGACUUCCAGAAGAUGCGGAUCAGUUUCGGCUCACCGGGGCUCAUGUUAGCCACGGAGUGGGUGGGUCUGCACUUCCCGUACAGCUACUCCCCGGUACGGCUCUUUGAGUCCAGUGGAAUUUCAGGCUCGUGCUUCGAGCCAUAUUUUGACUGGCUUGACCGGGGUGGCUACAGCCUUUGGAUCCCGGAGGUGGUCUUCACAAGUACCAUGACAUCCACCACCUCCUCUGUUACCAGCACCAGCUCCACCUCCGUUUCCUUCACCUCCACGACCACCUCCCAAUCAACAAGCAGCAGCACCGUGACCACCACCGAGACGGACGAAGAUGACUUCAAUGACACCAACGACACCAACGACAGCUGCAAGGAGAAAGUGCAAGCUGGAGGCAUGAGAAGACCUGUGCUUUCACAGCUCCACAACCUCGGGGACGCAGUCUUCUACCACUUCAACAACCUCCCUGUCGACAACAACCACUUCUCGGACGACCACCUCCCGGACCUCCUCAACAACAACGACAACAUACCUAGGAUCCGGGUCAAGGUUUGCGAUUGGAGACCCCUGUUGCCCAACAGGGACACGGACGAGCACAUCAACCGAGACCACGAUCACCAUGACGACGACCACUACCAGCACCUCAACCACCAUUCCACUGGCAGCGCCCUUGCGCGCCCUGAAUAUCUUCCCUGA